CGCAGUCGGAGAAAGACACACCGAAGACACGUCACAUCUUCCCUCGCAAUAUCGUUGCCAAUUUUUACCAGGCUUCAACCACUGUAUUGCAGACUGCAAGCAUGGCUGAGCUCUACAUGACCAAGACUGUGGACGUGCAGACGCGGGUGGAGGACUACUUGAAUGACAAGAUACAGACCGCGGCAGACUUAGAACAGGUGGACAGCCUGUUGCAACGAGUGCAGGAACAGCAAAACCUGUUGCGGAAGCAGCUCGAAGACGCCCGGAAAAACUACACAGAAGCUGUGAACAGAGUCAAUGAACGAUCCAACGACUUAAGAGAGAGGGCCGAAGAAUGCAGGAGGGAACACUACGAUAUAGACCAGCGGCUGAGAGCGCUUGCACAAUCAAACGUGAGCGAUGAUGCUGCGCAAAAGGUUGAAGCUAGGAUGAAUAAAGUACGCAGUCUGGAGGUUGCUCAAGGCUAUCUGGAAUUGGUCCAACAGUUGAACAGUUUGAGCGGCCAAGCGAAAGAGAACUUAGAUGCACAUCCGGGCAUAUCAGUCAAAGCAUAUAUUCGGCUGAGGGAGAUUUGGAGGCACAUCCAGGAUGCGCAGCCUGCUGCGGAAGGGGCAGCGCCUCAACUGGCAUAUCUCUUCGAGCAACAAUCCCAACAGCUUUAUUCCACCAUCAAAGGAUCUCUGGAAGGGAGUCUGCGGGAAACUCUUACACAAAUGAAUUGGCCGGGCAAAGAGUUGAAAUUUCCGGGCAACGUACAGGAGAAAUGGGAGCAGGAAGUCAGAUUGCUUCUUCAGCUACAAGAUCCAGACCUGAUCGGAGCGUUCGCAAGGUUCGACCCUGGAAGUCGGUCUUCGACUCUUGACCCUGUCGUGCUACUCCCGCUGGAGGUCAUGGUUCAACCCUUGACAGCGAGGUUCCGAUAUCACUUUUACGGAGACAGACCCACGAAUCGACUGGACAAGCCCGAAUACUUCCUCACUCACGUCCUAGAUCUACUAGAGACACACAGCGGUUUCAUGAGCGAUAUGUUGGGCCCUAUAUUGGAUGACAGAGCGCGUCAAUCUGAGGCUCUGGAAUCUAUCUAUACUGACGCAGUCUCUGCGUUCAUCACAGCACUGCUGCCGAUGGUCGAAGCAAAAUGCUUGUCUUUUCUGCCGCAAAUCUCUCAACAACCACAAUUGAUGUCUCACUUCAUGCACGAGUUGAUGGUGUUCGAUACUGCCAUUCGUGACACAUGGGGAUACGUGCCGAUUCCCAGGAUGCUGGCAGAGUGGAGAGGGAUUACUUGGAGGGUGCUGACCACACAUGGCUACUUUGCCCUAUGGCUUAAGGUUGAGAAAGAUUUUGCUCUUUCUCGAUACAGGAGUAUUAGAGAUGCUUCGGACAGCAACGAUAUUGAGUUUGAUGCAGACGCCACCCAGACAAAGCCGACGAAAGGAGCAAUUCGCGUCAAUGAUCUUUUGGAGACGAUCACGGAUCGAUACCGAGCCCUUUCGUCUUUCAGUCAGAAGAUGAAGUUUCUUCUGGAGAUUCAACUGUCUAUCUUUGAUGAUUAUCACAACCAUCUCCACGGCGGGUUGCAGGCAUAUCUUGUAUCCUCCCAUACGGCCGGCCGGCUACUUCAGGGACAGUCUGAAGCUGAAGCUUUCGGCUUAAAGGGCUUAGAAUCACUAGCCAAGAUAUUUGGUAGUGCUGAAUUUCUUGAACGGAAAAUGUCGGACUGGAAUGAUGAGGUUUUCUUUUUGGAACUGUGGGAUGAACUUCAAUAUCGAGCCAAAGCGAAUAGCGGCACAGGUGCACCGAUUGGCACAGAUCUGAAGGUGGAUGACGUGGCCGAUAAGACCUCAACGACCAUCAAGUCAAAAGGAACGGAAACGGAUGGGGAUACAGACGGAAGUGGUCUUUUCGACCAGACUGCUUCGGCAUACCGGCGACUACGCGAACGUAGCGAGGAGGAAAUGCUCCGCUUCUUCGACAUCAACCUGAGAGGGGCACUUCGAUCAUAUGUCAGGCUUGCACAGUGGUCGACUCUUGUUGAGACACCGUCCGAUCCGGCUGCAAUGACGCCCUCCCCAAGUCUUGAUGGCUUUUUCCAAACAACAGCCACCCUGCUGGGGUACCUUUCUCGAGUGCUCGCACAGGGAUCGAUGCGACGGAUAUGCAAGCAUUACUGUUCGACACUACAGAGAGAGAUCUACGAUAACGUUAUAAUGCACCAUACAUUUUCAGCCACUGGUGCAGCACAGCUGGCGAGGGACCUGUCUGAGAUCAAAGCAACCAUCGAAAAAAACAGCAGCUUGCGAGGAGUUACGGGAGCGGGUCUCAAACGGCUCGAAGAGGCAGUCUAUCUUCUUUCUCUGGAUGCUUCGCAAGGCCUAGGGAACGGCGAAGAAGAUGAGUGGGGCUUUGAUGAUGAUGAAAUUGGGGAGAAGGCAAAGGGGCAAGCCACCACGGACGAAGCUAUCAAUGAUGAUGGCGGCCUCAAGAAGCUUGGACUCUGGGAUGUGGAAAAACUGAUCUUUGAGAGCAACGAAGCAGCACGAAAGGCUCUCAGGGACAUGGGCCUAUAUCAUCUCAGCGAAGGGGAAGCAAGGAACAUUCUGAAGCGGAGGGUUGAGUUGAAUGGGUGAUGAGUAGAUACCGCAGUGAUGGGUCAGGCUGUACCUAGUCCUGCGUAUAGAUACUCGGUGUAUGUAUAGCUGGAAUUCAUAGCGUUGUCUGCCUACACCCCAUUGG